AUCAUAACUACAUGAAAAACCAUGAAGAUUUUGCCCAUCCCAAUAUUGGUGCUAUCCGCUGUUAUUUUUUUACCGACAGUGAACAGCAAAAAUAUUUUAUACUUAGCGUGGCCCGCCUACAGUCACCUGAAUUCAAUGAUUUCUAUUGCAAACGAAUUGGCAAAGUAUGGGCAUAACAACUAUUUUAUAUUAGAUAAAAAUUACACAAAAACUUUCCAAAAUCAGCAAAGCAUAAAUAUUCUACCAAUGGAUGAAAUUCCAGAAAUGGAAUUAAUGCGUUUUGAUGCACAGAAGCAAGAAAAAUCAAAACAAAUAUACGUGAUGCGACAGCUUCUGAACACGUUUCCUAUGAUCUGCGAUAGAUUUUUAAGGAAUGAAAAAUGGAUAGAAUCAUUGCGAGUCGUCAAUGCCAGUUUAGCUGUGAUCAAUGGAAUAUUCAUGACAAACUGUCUUACAAUAAUCCCUUAUCAAUUGUCAAUUCCAUUUGUUCUCACGGCAUCUGAGAUAUUUCCUAGUCUUCAUCGUAUUCCAUGGAACCCCAGUGUUUUUCCAAGCAGCUUACUCUCAUCCUCCGAUAAGAUGACAUAUUCGGAAAAGUUAAUAAGUACUUUGGCUGCUAUUUUAGACUACACUAUUCCUCCUAUUGGAGCGCCUAUACACAGCGUCAAAACAUAUGCGAAAGACAAACCUGAUAUUUCAUUCACAGAUUUACUACAUCAGACACAGUUUUUUCUUAUUGAAAAAGAUGUACUUGUAGAUUAUCCACUACCACAACUUCCAAAUGUAAGAUACGUUGGUGGUCUGGCUACAAAACACUCAUUGCCUUUGAAGGGAGAAUUAGUGAAAUUCGUAAAUGCGUCUAAGAAUGGAAUAGUUGUGGUGUCAUUUGGCAGUAUUAUCAAUGAUUUCCCUGCUGUUCAAUUAGAGAAACUACAAAGUGCAUUGAAACAAAUAAAAUAUGAUGUUGUGUGGAGACAGAAGAAAACAUCAUUUUCUCAUAAGAAUAUUUAUGUCAGUGAUUGGGUACCACAAAAUGAUCUGCUUGGCCAUCCUAAAACAAAAUUAUUUGUUACUAAUUGUGGAAAUAACGGUCAGUUUGAAGCUUUGUUCCAUGGUGUACCAAUGCUGGGAAUACCUUUAUUUGCAGACCAACAUUAUAACUCUCGCAGAAUGACCGAGAAAGGAUACGGAUUGUCUCUAGAUAUAGAGAACUUUACUCCGGAGGAAUUAAUAGAGAAAAUGAAUGAACUAAUUGAAAACAAAACAUAUUCUGAGAAAAUUAAAAGAGCUAGUGAAAUAUUUCAUUCUCGGCCCGAAUAUCCAGCGAAGAAAUCAGCCCGCCAUAUUGAUCACAUCUUGAAAUAUGGUGGAGAAUAUCUAAAAUCUCCAUGUCAAGAGAGUCGAUUGUAUGAAUUUUUAAUGAUCGAUGUAUUGGCUCCUAUAUUUGCUGCAACAAUAUUUUUGAUAUAUUUAAUAUAUCGAAGUGUAAAAAAAUGUUUAUCGUUUUGUUGCAAGAAGAAAACGAAGACUGACUAAAGGAAUUGCUUUGGUGUAAAUUAUAUUUGUUUUAUGUAAAUUAAAGUCAGAAACGUUCAGGUUUUUAAAACCUCAAUAGAAAUUAGGAACAUAUUUUUCUGUAGAAAUUAUAGUCAUGCUGAAAUGUUUACCUCGUUUACAAUGGUUUUUAUGUGUAGUGUGUGUACUUUAGGGCUUUAAUAUCUGUAUGGCGAGUUAGCUAAUGGCUACACUUCAUUAUUUCCAGUCAUUUUGCUAAAAUGGUGCAAAAGUACAUCCUUAACGAUUUUCUAAGCGUUUAGUCCACCUUAUUUUCACAAUUUUGCUCCUACGUCAUCAUGACGAUAUGAAAAGUAAAUGGAUCACCCU